GACAGAGAGAGAGCGUCCGUUAGUCUAUGAGAUGCUGUAAAGGUGAUUAUUAUAUCGGAGGCUCUGGGUGUAGGACCGUCUCAAAGAUGUCAUGGUGCCCUCCGUACCGUAGUUCUAAGUUCCGACACGUCUACGGUAAGGCCUCCACCAAAGACCACGGUUACCACGGAAUCCCCAUCACACACAGCGUCCACGACAACCACUACUGCUCCGUUAACCCGCGCUUCGUUGCCAUAGUAACGGAAUGCUCCGGGGGCGGUGCUUUCUUGGUCCUCUCCAUCCAUCACACUGGUAAAGUAGACCCCCAACACCCCAGGGUGUGUGGUCACAGUGCCAGGGUGUUGGAUGUCAAGUGGAACCCCUUUGAUGACCACUGCAUCGCCUCCUGCUCCGAAGACUGCACCGUAAAGCUAUGGGACAUCCCAGCCAACGGUCUCUAUCAGAACAUGACCCUCCCUAGGAAGGUGCUUCAGGGUCACAGCCGCAGAGUCAACCUGAUAGAAUGGCACCCUACUGCUCGGGAUCUACUGGUCAGCUCAGCCUACGACUACAAGGUGAUGGUCUGGGAUGUGUCAGUGUGUGACUCAGUGCUGAGGAACCCAGUAUGUGUUAUUUCUCUUCACACUGAGCUGGUUCUCUCCAUGUCCUUCAACAAUGACGGCAGCUCUCUAGCUACCACCAGCCUGGACAAGAAGAUCCGAGUCAUGGACCCACGUACUGGACGCCUCAUACAGGUGUCCAGCAGUAAAAUCCACAGGGCCAAUAAGGUGGUGUUUAUAGGAGACCAGAACAUGCUGUUUUCUACUGGCAGCUCACCAUGGAACCAAAGACAGAUCACAUUAUGGGAUCCGGAUGACCUGUCAGAGCCGCUGUCGGAGGAGGAGGUGGAUGGAGGUGCAGGAGUCCUCUUCCCAUUCUACGACCCUGAUACACACAUCCUCUACCUAGCCGGCAAGGGUGAUGGUAACAUCCGGUAUUAUGAGAUCAGUUCUGAGAAGCCCUACGUUCAGUUCCUCACUGAGUAUUACUCCCUACUGCCUCAGAAAGGAUUGGGGGUCAUGCCUAAGCGCGGUCUGGACGUGAGUUCCUGUGAGGUGUUCCGGUUCUAUCGCUUGGUCACGGUUAAGGACCUGGUCGAACCACUCUCCAUGAUCGUCCCUCGCAGGUCCCCAAAGACCUUCCAGGAUGACAUCUUCCCCAUGACAGCAGGCAACGAGGCGGCCCUGACGGCUCAACAGUGGCUCUCGGGGAUCAAUAGAGGCCCGGUGCUGAUGUGUCUGAAACCUGGCAGUAAGAUAGCCAACCCCUACCCUGAGACCCUACCCAGGAGGGGGCUGAGCAACUUCCAGAGUGGGGGACCAGGAGAGACAGGGUUCACGGAGCAGACCUUCCUCCAGGAGCAGCUGGCCUACCAGGACGCCAAGUACCCCAGGGAAGUGGCUGAUCUGUCGGGCUGGCAGCCAGACGAGACCCAGGCUCCGGGUUGGGCCUACACUCCCCACUGUUGUGAGCCCUCAGAGUGCCCUCCUCCCAGGACAGAGAGUGAGCUCCUUCAGGCAUUCUACAGACAACAAGAGGAGAUCAGGGGACUGAAAGACCAGCUCAACCAGAAAAAGGUCCAGAUCACACAGCUGGAACUGGAGAUCAAGAACACCAGAAAUAACAUGAGAGCCACCUUCUGAAUGAUUCAACCAAUCACAUUAGAAGAGCCUUCUGAAUCAACCAAUCACAUGAGAGCCAUCUUCUGAAUGAUUCAACCAAUCACAUGAGAGCCAUCUUCUGAAUGAUUCAACCAAUCACAUGAGAGCCAUCUUCUGAAUGAUUCAAUCAAUCACAUUUGAAGAGCCUUCUGAAUCAACCAAUCACAUGGUAGCAGCUUUUGGAAUCAACCAAUCACAUAAGAGCCAUCUUCUGACUCGACCAAUCACACGAGAGCCAUCUUCUGAUUCAACCAAUCACAUGAGAGCCACCUUCUGAUUCAACCAAUCUUUUGUAUUUUGUAUUUAUUAAGGAUCCCCAUUAGUUCCUACCAAGGCAGCACCUACUCUUCAUGGGGUCCAGCAAAAUUAAGGCAGUUAUACAAUUACAAACAUUACAAUAUAUCCACAAAACAUUUUGUGGCUUCAACUACCACAAAAACCAUGUGUGUACGACUAGACAGUUAAGAACAAAUUCUUAUUUUCAAUGACGGCCUAGGAACAGUGGGUUAACUGCCUUGUUCGGGGGGAGAACGACAGAUUUGUACGUUGUCAGCUCAGGGGAUUCGAUCUUGCAACCUUUGGGUUACUAGUCCAACGCUCUAACCACUAGGCUACUCUGCCGCCCCAAUCCCUCAUCUACUUUGAGCCAGGAGAGAUUCACAUGGCAUUAAUGUUAGCUCUCCGUGUACAUUUAAGGGCCAGCCGUGCUGCCCUGUUCUGAGACAACUGGAAUUUUCCUCUUUGUGGCACCUGACCACACAACCGGACAGUAGUCAAGGUGUGACAAAACUAGGGCCUGUAGGACCUGCCUUGUUGAUAGUGUUGUUAAGAAGGUAGAAACUAGGGCCUGUAGGACCUGCCUUGUUGAUAGUGUUGUUAAGAAGGUAGAAACUAGGGCCUGUAGGACCUGCCUUGUUGAUAGGGUUGUCAAGAAGGUAGAAACUAGGGCCUGUAGGACCUGCCUUGUUGAUAGGGUUGUCAAGAAGGUAGAAACUAGGGCCUGUAGGACCUGCCUUGUUGAUAGUGUUGUUAAGAAGGUAGAAACUAGGGCCUGUAGGACCUGCCUUGUUGAUAGUUCUGUUAAGAAGGUAGAAACUAGGGCCUGUAGGACCUGCCUUGUUGAUAGUGCUGUUAAGAAGGUAGAAACUAGGGCCUGUAGGACCUGCCUUGUUGAUAAUGUUGUUAAGAAGGUAGAAACUAGGGCCUGUAGGACCUGCCUUGUUGAUAGUUCUGUUAAGAAGGUAGAAACUAGGGCCUGUAGGACCUGCCUUGUUGAUAGUGCUGUUAAGAAGGUAGAAACUAGGGCCUGUAGGACCUGCCUUGUUGAUAAUGUUGUUAAGAAGGUAGAAACUAGGGCAUGUAGGACCUGCCUUGUUGAUAAUGUUGUUAAGAAGGUAGAAACUAGGGCCUGUAGGACCUGCCUUGUUGAUAAUGUUGUUAAGAAGGUAGAAACUAGGGCCUGUAGGACCUGCCUUGUUGAUAGGGUUGUUAAGAAGGUAGAAACUAGGGCCUGUAGGACCUGCCUUGUUGAUAGUGUUGUUAAGAAGGUAGAUCAGGGUUUUAUUAUGGACAGACUUCUCCCCAUCUUAGCUACUGAUGUAUCAAUAUGUUUUCACGACAAUUUACAAUCCAGUGUUACUCCAAGCAGUUUAGUCUCCUCAACUUGCUCAAUUUACAUGUUAUUCAUUUUAUUUUUUAUUUUAUUUCACCUUUAUUUAACCAGGUAGGCAAGUUGAGAACAAGUUCUCAUUUACAAUUGCGACCUGGCCAAGAUAAAGCAAAGCAGUUCGACACAUACAACGACACAGAGUUACAAGAUUUAGUUUAGGGUUUAGUGAAUGACUUGUCACAAAUACAAUGCUUUUAGUUUUAUGUAUAUUUAGGACAAAAUUAUUUCUGAAACUGACUGCGGGUCUUUGUUAAGUGUUCCAGUGAUUUCACUAGCUGUGGUAGUUUACAUAGUAUAGUAUUGAGUCAUCAGCACACACAGACACACUGGCUUUACUCAGAGCCAUUGGCAGGUCAUUAGUAAACAUUGAAAAAAGUAAAGGGGCCUAGACAUCUGCCCUGGGGAACGCCUGACUCUACCUGGAUUAUGUUGGAGAGGCUUCCAUUAAAGAACACCCUCUGUGUUCUGUUAGACAGGUAACUCUUUAUCCACAAUAUAUAGCAGGGGGUGUAAAAGCUAUGACACAAGUUUUUCCAGCAGCAGAUUCUGAUCGAUAAUGUCAAAAGCUGCACUGAAAUCUAACAAAACACUAGCUGUGGUAGCAAUCCAUUUUUAUCAUACAUUUUCUCUCAGCCAAUCAUCACUAAUUUGUGUAAGUGCUGUACUUGUUGAAUGUCCUUCCCUAUAAGCGUACUGAAAAUCUCUUGUUAAUUUGGUUUAUUGUGAAAUAGCAUUGUAUCUGGUCAAACACCAUUUUUCUCAAAACAUUUACUAAGGGUUGGUAACAGGCUGAUUGGUUGGCUGUUUGAGACAGUAAAGGGUGCUUUACUAUUCUGGGUAGUGGAAUGAUUUUCGCAUCCCUACAGGGCUGAGGGCAUACACUUUCCUGUAGGCUUAGAUUGUAGAGAUGGCCAAUAGGAGUGGCAAUAUCGUCCGCUAUAGUCCUCAGUCAUUUUCCAUCCAAGUUGUCAGAACAAGGUGUCUUGACAUUGUUGAUAGACAACAUCAAAAAAAGAUCACCUCUUCCACACUCAAUUUCCGGAAUUCAAAAUGACAUUUGCGUUCCUUUCAGAAUUUGGUCAGUUAUACACGGAUGUGUAGGUUCAGAAUUUGGUCAGUUAUACACGGAUGUGUAGGUUCAGAAUUUGUUGUUGGCAUGUCAUGCAUAAGUUUGCCAAUUAAAAAAAAUUGUUGGAAAUAUCAAUGGGUUUUGUGAUGAAAAAGACAUCUGAUUCAAUGAAUGAUGGAGCUGAGUUUGCCUUCUUGCCCAAAAUGUUACUUAAAUUAUCAUUCUUUAUAUAGUAUAUAUAUAUAUAUAUUAUAGUACAGUUUCUUAUUUUUGUUAAGUUUUAGUCGUGAUUUCUCAAUUUACAGUACGCCAAUCGGCUGUGCAGACAGAUUUAUUUGCCAUUCCUUUUGCCUCAUCCCUCUCAAUCACAAAAUUGUUCCAAUUCUCAUUAGUAACUGGAAUAUGUAGUUUCAUAAAUGUAUGAAGUGUCUAGUUGCUCAUUACACACCACAGACCAACAGAUAUUAUGUACAUCUUCAACGUAGGAAUCACUACAAAACAUAUUGUCAUUGACCUCUAAAACCACUAUAUUAGUGGCCCAGCCUUUGGAACUUUUUUUUUCUAGUUGUGGCUACUGUAUUGUGAUCAAUACAUCCUAUGGAUUUGGAUAGAGCAAAUUUCUGCAGCAUUAGUAAAGAUCAAUCGUUGUGGAUUAUUCAAUCCCUGUGCUGUUUGUAAAUAACCUAGUUUCUACCUUCUUAACAACCCUAUCAACAAGGCAGGUCCUACAGGCCCUAGUUUCUACCUUCUUAACAACACUAUCAACAAGGCAGGUCCUACAGGCCCUAGUUUCUACCUUCUUAACAACACUAUCAACAAGGCAGGUCCUACAGGCCCUAGUUUCUACCUUCUUAACAACCCUAUCAACAAGGCAGGUCCUACAGGCCCUAGUUUCUACCUUCUUAACCCAGGUUGCAGGCACUGGUUAACAGUUUGAAGCUUUUUCUUGAGCGAUGAAAACCAGUAAGUCACCCAGAAAAUAUACUUCUCUGUUGACAUCUCAUACGUUAUCAACCAUUUCACACACGUUAUCCAGAUACUGACUGUUAGCACUUUGUCUAUAGCCGCUUUCGGUGAGGCAGGUGAACUUGAAGCACCUAUUACUUCAACAGCAUUUGACAUGAGAUCCUCCCUAAGCUUUACAGGAAUGUGACUCAUAAACAGCAACAUGAUAUGAACAUAAAAACAUUAACACCUCCACUAUUGGCAUUCCCGUCUCUCUUCUGAAGAUGGCGAAGCCAUGUAUCUCUACCACCGUAUCAAAGGUAUUUGUUUUCAGAUUGUCAGUAUAUGAAUGUUAUUAGCAAGUUAUUCAUUUCAUGAACCUGUUAAUGUGGCCUAUUUUGUUUUGCACUUUUCUGGGAUUCUAGAUGUUUUUAUUGCUUUUAUGGAAGGCUUAUCAGAGAUAGGUGACAUGUGAUAUUUAUGUUUCUCGUCGAUAGUACAAGGUGAGCUGCACACAGUGGGUCUUCCUACUAGGGCACACUGCCUCAGUGCGAUCAGUAUAACUCCAGUUCAAAGGCUCAUAAUUACUGCAAAUAGCUGUUGGAUCAAUAGAGUUAUUCAGGGGAGUUACAGAGACAUAAAUGUCUGGGACGAUUUGCAGCAGGACUACGACAACUCAGCGACACAAAGGGAUUAUCUGAGCAGGGCUUGGCUCACUGAUAAAUCAUUGUCUCAAUGGAGCCAAGAUGAUUUGGAUGGACUUGUCUCAACGCAGCCUAAACAUGAGCAGACUGGGUCAAGGAGCCAAGAUGAUUUGGAUGGACUUGUCUCAACGCAGCCUAAACAUGAGCAGACUGGGUCAAGGAGCCAAGAUGAUUUGGAUGGACUCCCCGUCAUUCCUGUCGAGGUUUCUUCCGUUUUCUCCCCCCCAAAAAAGUGUAGAAGUUACCAGACCAAAACACCAUAACGCCCUCACAAAAAUAAAAGUUAUUGAUCCAAAAUAAAUGCAGAUUAGCCCAUGUCAUAUCUUUAAGAUCCAUUUUUCAGAAUGAUGCAGCUCUAUAGAAACAGUUUUAUAUUUCACCAUGAUGUUAGAUGUUGAUAAUUAAAAGAGGUUUGGUGAUGAGACAUACA